AUUCAAUAUUGUUCUUUAUAGCAUCAUGAAAAAAGAGAGAAUCAUUCAGCAGUUAUUACCAGUUGAAGAAGAAGCUGAAAUCCCAGUUCUUCCCCAAGAAAUCAUGGUGGAAAUCCUUUCAAGAUUACCCAUCAAAGCGCUUUGCCAGUUCAGGUGCGUCUCAAAACAAUGGCUUUCUCUUAUAUCAGAUCCCCUUUUUGCAAAAUCCCACCUUCAAAAAACCAUUAGAAAUGAUUGUUUUUAUUCUCAAAGAAAGAGGGUAUUGAUUUCCUCACACAAUUUAUACUCUCUUGAGUAUGCAUCAAUUGGUAGACUCGAUGAGAAUUUGGUUGCUUUAGAGCUUGAUUAUCCUUUGAAAGACAAGUCAAAUGGAUUAGCUGAGUUGUUAGAUUCCGCUAGAGAUGGUUUUUUGUAUUGCGAAAGAAGUGAAGAAGAUAAUGAUGAAGUUCCAGUAAUGGUGAAGCUAAAUUUUCCGUUCUGUGUGAAUCAAAGGAAUUGGGUCGAUAUCUUAGGUUCUUGUAACGGUUUGGUUUGUAUUGCUCCAGAUGAAGAUACCCUGUAUUUGUUCAAUCCUUCCACUAGAGAAUCCAAGAGAAUCCCGGACCCGCCUUCCAGUUUAGCUUCAAAUGGUUUGAGUGUUUACGGUUUUGGUUAUGAUUUCUUGAAUGAUGAUUACAAGGUAGUGAAAGUAUGUUGUGGAACUGUUUGUGUUUAUUCAUUGAGAACUGAUUCUUGGAGGAUGGUUUGUAGUUUCCUAUAUGAUGAUAAUGUGUAUGAAUCUGGAGUUCUUCUCAACGGGUCUAUUCACUGGAUAGCCAGCUGUGGAGAUGGGGCGGAUUUUACGUGCGUGGUUGCUGCUUUUAGUUUGGAAGAAGAGGUGUUUUCAGAUUUGCCAGCACCUGACAUUGUCGAUACUAGCUCUGAGUUCAUGAUAGGGGUUCUUAAUGGUUGUCUUUGUGUGCUUCAUAGCCGCAAUCAGAUGCACAAUGAUUUCUGGGUGAUGACCGAGUAUGGCGUGGGUGAGUCGUGGACUAAAUUGACCCUCAGCCUCUCGUACAUUUGCAUGAAGCCAUUGUGUAUGGCUCAGAACGGUGAAGCUCUGCUUGAGGUUGAUGGGAAAUUGUUGCUGUAUAACUUGGAAGACGACAGUUAUAGGUACUUAGUAGUAAAUGGAAUUCCGGAAGGGGACGGUUUUGAAGCUGAUACCUACUUGGAGACCCUUGUUUCACCCAAUAGCUUCUUUCGGACAUGAAUUCAGAUGCAAUAUUGAGUACAAAUGAAAUUAAGAACCUGUGGACAUUG